AUGGAGACCCUUACACUCUAUAUGCUCACUUUCAAUUGCGCCCGGAAUCCAGUUGACGUCAACCGUUUCGCCCAUCAUUUCUUCGAUGCACUGCCCCUCACCGACAGUUCAAGCGCUUCCACGCCGCCGGACCUCAUCGUUCUAUCACUUCAAGAGAUCGCCCCUAUUGCAUAUGCAUUUCUUGGUGGCUCUUUUUUGGCACCAUAUUUUGCUUCCCUGAGCCAGGUAGUGGAGCGCGCGGUGUCUAAGCGCUGGGAGACACAUUACGUCAAUAUGGUCACAGACAAUAGUGGGAUGACGGGAUUGAUGGUGUAUGCUCGAUCAGAUGUGGCGGAACGUAUAUCUUCGAUUGAUACUGCCCGAGUCGGGUUUGGAUUCCAACAAAUGGGCAACAAAGGCGCGGUUGGGGCACGACUGACCUAUGCGACGCAGAAAACGCCUGACGACACAGUAGACCUGACCUUCAUUGCUGCCCACCUUGCGCCCAUGGAGUAUGCCGUACGGCAAAGGAACGAGGAUUGGCGUAGUAUGGUAGAGCGAUUAGUAUUUGAUCGUUUGACUGUGAGAGCCGGGGAGAAUGCUGAAACAGGGGGCGACUCCGAGAGUACAGCCCUGCUAAACGGUUCUACACGGAGUUCCGGCGAUGAUUACCGGGGUAUUUUUAUUCCUACGAGUUAUCUCUUCCUGGCAGGCGACCUUAAUUAUCGCACGUCUAAUGCAUCGCCACGAAGCGAGGAUUGUGCCUGGUUUCCGCAAGCGGGCGUGGAUCCAGCCGACCCCCGUCAUUUCUCCCGCUUAUUGAAAGAGGAUCAACUCACCCGAGAGAUGCGACAGUCUCGAAGCUUCCAUGGCCUGUCAGAAGCCCCAAUAGCCUUCCCCCCGACGUACAAAUACACAAAUGCUGCGCGUCAGGCUGCAGCUCGCAGCAGCGGCUCACAGGAGUGGCUAUGGACCAGCACACGCUGGCCUAGUUGGUGUGAUCGUGUGUUGUACCUGGAAACUUUGCCUGGCUUGGGCGAGGAAGCACGGGUUAGGCCCUUAGAGUAUAACUCUCUGCCGCUGUUUCCGACGUCAGAUCAUCGCGCCGUUGCGCUCUUGGCUUCUGUUCCUGUGCCGUCAAGGCGUCCAGCAGAUGCAACGCAGUCAGCAAUCCCGUUUCGGAUUGACCCGGAAUGGGCGAGUAAACGAGACGCCGCACGGAGAAAAGAGCUCGUCGUAGGCUGCCUAGCAUAUUUGGGCUUGACUUGGGAGGGAAAUGGUCUGUUGGUGGCCUCGGUAAUUGCAGUACUGGGGGCGUGGCUUGUGCUUCGAUCGCUGUUUAAUGCCUGA